CUCAUCUAUCAUAAGUUGAUAACUAUGUCUAUCCGAUAAGCUCUCCACUCUUUUUCAAGUUCCUUGCUUUCCAACAACGGAGGACCCGUGUCACAACAGCCUCCCUCCAACGACCAACCUUUAAAUCAGACAGAAGCAGAUGAGGGUUGGCCAUAAUCGAAGAGGCUCUUACUGAGUUUAGAAUUCGAGAGUAAGAAAUUUCUCUCUUCAGAUCUAUAUUUAUAGUGUACGAAUAAGAUGACAAACCCUUGGAAUCUGGAAGAAUAAGGACAUCAUGGUAUCCUUUGAUUGAAUACUGAGGAAGGUCCUUCCCUUGAUUUAUAGCUGAAGCUCCACGCGGUUACUGAGGAAAACGAAGAGGUAGAUCGAAUCUUCAAGUGGGAGGAGUGGAUCAAUCAAGGGAAUUCAAGGACUGGUGAGACGUUACGGAUAUCAAAGCUCGUUUGAAGUUUUUCGCAAAUUUCGUCGAGGAGUUCGCCGCUAGAAGAGGAAGAAGGAAAGAGAUGGCUAGGAAAAAGUAAAAGCGUGAAAUACACAGAUAGUCCAGCGAGUCGACACGUGUCGGAUUUUGCCCCUCCCUCCCAAGGUGACGUGGACACAGGAGGUGCCAGAGAAGUCUACUUUAUAUAUAUAGAUAUAUGUAUGUAUAUUCUCUAAUUCUAAUUCUAAUACAUAAUACCUAAAGAUUGUAAAAUGUAAAAAAACCUAAUAAGCAUCUAAAGUUUCGUUACCGUCACGUCUCGUAGCUAGCCACCUCGCGCCUUCUUCUAAUCCAUUGGGUGAUGACAAGAGAGGCAUUGAGAUUGCUAGAUCUUCCAUGGGAUUUGGUACUUGAUAUACUCUCUAGAGUUCCGGCUACAUCUCUGGGACGAUUAAGUUUUAUUUGCAAGCGAUGGAACGCUCUAUUCAAAGAUGACGAGUUCAUCAAGAAGCACUUGGAUAAAGCAGCAAAACAACGUAUGGUUCUCAUGUCGAGAGAUUCAAAGAAGUUUUAUUCAAUGAAUGUAAAUGUCGAUGGGAUUCAUCCCGACAACUCUGUUGAUCCACAAACAAAGUUGCUUAACCUCAAAGAUUUCCACUGUCCGGAACAACUCAAGAUAUAUGAUAUAUUUCACUGCGACGGGUUAUUGUUAUGCAUGACAUGGGACAAAAGACUCGUGGUUUGGAACCCUUGUACUGGCCAAAUUAGGUGGAUCCCAUUCUGUGAUCGUUACAAGGAUAACUCGGAGUUUGCCCUUGGAUACGAUAAUAACAAGUCUUGCCAAACCUAUAAACUCUUGAGAUGCAGCUGGGAUGCCGCAGAACCUCAAAAUGUUGACUCUGGAAUCUAUGAUUUUGAGUCUCAUUCUUGGAAGGAUCUUAAUGACGUGUUUCCCAAUAACUGCAGAAGAAUAAUAUCAAAGGCAGUGUCUCUGAAGGGGAAUAUUUAUUGGAUUGCCAAUAUAGAUGAUGAAGAUGAUGAAGAAGAUGUCUUACUUAGUUUCGAUUUUUCAACAGAGAAGUUUAAGUGUUUAUCUAUUCGAUUUUGGAGUGGCCAUCGUGAUUUUGUUCCUACAACUCUCUCAGUUGUUAGGGAAGAACGACUGGCAGUAUUGUAUAGCAGCUUUUCUCAUCCACCAAAGAUUGAGAUAUGGAUGACGAUGACACAUGAUAAGAUUGAUCAGGCCAGACUUGUGUCCUGGAGCAAAUUUUUAUCACUGGAACUAGAUGAGUAUAAUCCUCAAAUGGAUCUUUCAACUGACACAACUUUCUUUAUCGACGAGGAGAAGGAAGCGGCCGUGUUAUGCGAUAUGGAAUAUAUAAUAAAUAAGUGGGAGGACAUGGUAUACAUUGUUGGAGAGGAAAAUCGGUUCAUGAAAAUACCCGUAGGAGAACAUACAUUUUCUUUGGGUCCGGUUAUUCACAAUUAUGUUCCAAGCUUGGUUCGAAUCCAACAGGGUGGAGUCAUGACACGAGAACGAAAAAGGAAAAAUAGGCAUUAGUGGUUUAUAAACCACCGAAAAAGGAUUUUUCAGUGUUAAGAGUGUUUUGAGUUGAUCUUUACAUUAUACACAUCUUCGGAUAUUUAAUAUUUUUAAAGUUUUUCUGUGGACUUAUCUUAAACUAAUGUUUCGGUUUUGAAUGUUUUAUAUUGUCUGCCCAAAA